AUGCCUGAGAACCGUCCACGUUACGUGAUUGACAGACCGGCUUAUAACCUCCCAGACUUUGACAGAGAGUUUGACAAGAAGACUCGACAAUUCCCUGUCGGUGAGAGAGUGAAGAAACACUUCAGAUGCUCUGUGAAGAGACUGAAAGGCUUGUUAUUCAGACAUCUGCCCGUACUGAGCUGGCUCCCGAAGUACAAAGUGAAAGAAAACCUGCUGUAUGAUGUCAUCGGCGGGGUCAGCGCCGGCACCAUUCAGGUUCCCCAAGGCAUGGCAUUUGCCCUGCUGGCAAAUCUCCCUCCUGUCAACGGGCUCUAUUCCUCUUUCUUCCCCCUCAUCCCAUUUUUCUUUAUGGGCACUGCUCCCCAGAUGGUCCCAGGUACAUUUGCUGUCCUCAGCCUCAUGGUUGGAGUUGAGUGUCUGAGGCUGGCCCCAGAGUCAGACUUCAGUUAUUUCAAUGCCACUCUUAAUGCUACAGUAGUGGACACUGACAGGAUGGAUGAGGUUCGACUGGGGAUAUCUGCAACUCUGGCUUGUCUCACAGCAAUCAUACAGAUUUGCCUUGCCUUCAUGCAGUUUGGGUUUGUAGCAAUCUAUCUGUCAGAGUCCUUCAUCAGAGGCUUCAUGACGGCUGCAUCACUUCAAGUUCUCAUCUCACUGCUCAAAUACAUCUUUGAUGUCAAUGUUUCACCUCAUAGUGGUCCGCUGGCCAUUAUAUACAGGCUCAUAGACAUCAUCCACAAUCUUCCUGACACCAACAUCGCAUCUUUGAUAUUUGCUCUGGUCAGCAUCGUCAUCCUCAUCGUGGUGAAGGAGCUAAAUACACGCUACCGCCACAAGCUGCCCUUUCCCAUACCUGUGGAGAUCAUUGUUGUGGUUGCAGCCACAGCGAUCUCAGGCUCUUUGAAUCUUCCUGAGACCUACCACAUGGACAUCGUUGGACAAAUUCCUUUGGGAUUCCCAUCACCAGUCCUACCAAAAGUGAGUCAAUGGGCAGACAUGUUGAGCACAGCUUUCUCUCUGGCAAUCGUGGGCUACAUCAUCAACUUGGCUAUUGCCAGGACACUCGCAACCAAGCAUGGCUACGAUGUGGAUGCUAACCAGGAAAUGUUGGCUCUCGGCUGCAGCAACUUCUUCGGGUCCUUCUUUAAAAUCCACACCAUCUGCUGUGCCCUGAGUGUAACCAUGGCUGUUGACAGCGCAGGUGGAAAAUCACAGUUUGCCAGUUUCAGUGUGAUGAUGGUCGUAUUGGUUACGCUGCUUGCAUUGGGCGUCUACCUGAGGCCGCUUCCAAAAUCAGUGCUUGGAGCCUUGAUUGCAGUCAACCUGAAGAUCCCACUCCUGCAGCUCUCUGACCCCUACUACUUAUGGAAAAAGAGCAAAGCAGACUGUUGUGUGUGGGUUGUGACAUUCUUGGCCACAUUCUUGCUUGGCUUGCCUUAUGGCGUUGCUGUCGGAGUUGGCUUUUCAAUCCUAGUCGUCAUAUUCAGGACACAGCUUCGUAACGGGUCAGCGUUGGUUCAGAUUGAGGCUACAGAUAUCUACAAGAAUCCAAAGGUGUACAGCAAGGUCAAUUCCAUUCAAGGCAUAAAAAUAUUGAACUACUGCUCGCCACUAUACUUUGCGAAUGCUGAAAUUUUUCGCCAAAGAGUCAUCAAAAAGACCGGGCUGGAUCCUGGCAAACUCCUCGUGGCCAGGCGGAAGGUGUUGGAGAAAGAACUGAAGAAAAAAGCAAAACAGGAGAAGAAGGACAAAGAGAUGAGAAAGAAGAAUCAAAGCUCUUCGCUUGAGGUGACAGUUCAGACUAUAUCUCGACUUGACCUACAAAAGGACAUUGAUACUAAAGAUGGCAGUCUCGACAUACCAGUGCUUCCUGUCUUCUAUGACAACUUGGGUUUUAGUGAAACUGAGCUGAGUGAGAACGUGCCUGACCCGGAGUUACCCUUCCACACCCUCAUCCUUGACUUGGCAGGAGUCUGCUUCAUAGACCUGACAGGCAUCAAAGUGUUGAUGAAGAUGAACUCAAGUUACACAACGCUGGGCAUUAAACUAUACCUGGCCAAUAUUCAAGCCCAAGUGUAUGAGGAACUGAAGGCUGGAGGAGCAUUUGAUGACGGGAACAUUGCCAGCAGUAAUCUGUUCCUUUCUGUCCAUGAUGCCGUUCUGUUUGCUGCACAACACUCCAGAGAAAAGCAAGACUUGACAAAGGUAGAGAAGGAGAAAGAGGAGCUUGCCCUCCGUAUUGAAGAAGACAACGAUCUAGAGCAGGCCUAUUUUUGAUGGCUGAAUUUUGCAGUGAAGAUGCAAAAAGCAAACGUGCUGAAGACACAAACAUUAAUCUUCAAUGCCACUGUGAUUUAUGGUUACCAAUGUACUUUCUGUGCUUGAUCUUCUGUCUUUAAGCUGAAUAUCUCACCUAAAGAAGUGUAUUUUUACUUAGUAGAUGAGAACGGUAUUCAGUAUUUGACUUCAGAUAAUAAGAGGGAACUUUGGGGGCCCAGUUAACCCUCCCCUCACAGCCAGCAUGGAGUGAACCUGCUGACUGUGCAGUCAUACUGAAGCAACAGUCUUGUAAUUAACUGAGAGUGUGCAUGGCCACAGCUGUGAAGUUUAGCCAGCUGAGCAGUCUGGUGCAGUCCCAUAAGACCCUAAGAAAGCAAACACAAAUGAAAUAAGGAAUAAGAACUGUCAGCACUUUCAUGACUGUGUUAUCUUGUAAAGUAAGUUUCCAUUAUUUCUCACAAGGAAGGAAAUCGUCACAACAAACCAUAACAAAGCAUCAAAUUGUUAGCAGAGUGACUUUAACAAAGAAAUAUGUAGGCCAAACAUCUCAUGUUUGUAUGACAGGUGCCCAAAGACUUGCGGUGUCUGGCGUGGCAUGCUGACAGCAUGUUGGUAUGCAUGUGCUGCAUGAAUGGACUCAUUAAGCUAUUAAGAAAUCAACCUAAGGUAUUCUGGCACACAUCUGCUCCUCUGCUCUUCCUUCUUCCCCUCUGCAGCAAAUUGGCACCACACGUGAUUACAAGGUUUCUAUGGCCAUCAGCUUUAAUUUGACGCUUUGGGAAAGUCUCUCAUCACUUAAUGUGUGCGUGUGUGUUUAAUUUCAUCACCUGCAGCUCAACCCUUCUGUCUCCUUUCCUUCUUAUUGUUUUCAGAGUGUCUAUAAAAGCCCUUAGCUUGAGCAUGAUUCAAUUAAUCUGAAAACCUGAAGGUUGAAAUAAAAAAUGAGAGCGUCCUUUGUUGCAUGUUUAUGAGCGCUGCCACUCUCGUCAUGCAUUUCUUGUCUUUAAAGUUUCUCCCCAAUCAAAAAUGUACUUUAAAACAUAUUUAAUUUAGGAGACAGUGUGUGUAUUCAGUGGUUUUCCUGAACUCUGGUUAUUAUUUCUUAACGUGUUAACCAGGGAGGAAUUUAGCCUGUUUUUACCUGUUCAAUUUUGGUGGUUGUUAGUAGCCCCCAGAACUACUUUCCUCUGAACUAAAAGGUUCCUGUGCCCCCAUUGUUGUCUGCGUUUCGACCGUGGGCUGAAGUCCCGGGUAGAUUUUGCAAAUCAGGCCAAUGAUGUAUGGGGGAAAAAAAAUUAUAUUAAGUAAUAUUGGAAAUCUUAACAAAACACUAAACUAGUAAGCAUUCCCAGGUACUCCCCCUGGGUUUCAACAACUGGGUUAACUCCACAAACACAGUAACUGUUAACUGAAAGUUCCAGGACUUUUGAAAAGUACUACCCCUCAAGCAGGGGCUAUUCAGAGGGGGGGGAGGGAUUAUCUACCCCUGAACUAAAUUUAGACCCUGGUUCCUCCGGUCGAAACGCACGUAGCUCAGGGAUAAAGUCCCUAGAUCCGGGGUAAAGUUCCUGAGGUGGAAAAACGCUUGUUGUUGUUUGUCUUUGUUGGGGCCAAAAUGUGUAUUUUAUUUUGCCUUAUUUUAUCUCUGAUUUUGACACAGAGUCACACGUGUUGAGUGUAUUUUAUUCCUACCUGAAACACGGGGCGGAGCCUUGGCUUGGUGUGCAUAAAGCUAAGGCUCCGGGUGACAGGAAACAGGUUUGUAUGGAGCAAUCAGUUCUUAUAUCACUACUUACUGUACUGCAUUGUGUUGGAGUGCAAGAUAAUGAGUCCCUUUGAGUUUAUUAGUUUCUUUUAAUUUUCUUUGGAGUCCAGAUAUUGGCUCAAUCGCACUGUAAAUAAAUGGACGUGGUAUCCAAUUGGAAGAGCAUUGGACAUUGUUGCAUCGACUGCAGACUGUGUCCAAAAUAGUUCCUCAUAUCAUACCUCAUGGGCUCAAUUUGUAAAAUACUGGGUUGUUGAAAUGAGUCUACAUCCUAGCUGCUGUUUGUAUUAAGUCUACUGUAUAACCUGUACAUCUUUAGUGACCUCUGCCGCAGGACUACAGAUAAACUCUAAAUAUAAACUUUGUAUAUAUUUUUUUUACUAUAAAUGUGUUACA